GUAAACAUACGACAAAGUGUUCUUCAAAGACUUCGAUUGUUUGUAAACUAAAUCGUCUUCGAUUUACUAAGUAAAUCACCCUUUAUUGUUGAAAGUAAAAGAUUGUAUAAAUAUGUUAGGCCAUAUGAGAUGAACACGAUCGGGAUAUAUAAGAUAAUCAAAAAAUUUCAAAAUGUAGAUAUAAAAUCGAUUGUUUCAAGAGGUAAUUAAAUGUACGUGGCAACUGUAAGGAAAUCCAAACCUGAAAGAUGUGAGCCGCUAAAUCGACAGAUGACGGUUCGGAUUCUCAGACACGAAUAUCUCCCGUCUCUUCAUCGACAAAAAACGGAAAAACUUCCACAGACACGUCUUCGAGAUGAAAUUAAUUUGACGCUUGAAACUGUCCUUAAAGAGGACAUCAAACCUUUGGAGUCAACAAAGAAACAGUUUCUUAUAUGCAUGAAUGCGCUUCAUGGGAAUUUGAAAACAAACCCGUUCAAACUUGAAAUGAAAGAAAGUCCAAUUUAUUGUGGAGAUAUUCCACCAUGGAAACCUUUAGAUCCGACAAUACCUUCGUAUUUAGUGCCUUUAAAAGUCGGUAAAAUGGAAGGGCGUCAACUUGAAGCGGGAUAUGCAGUGUUCCCGAUGCCAAAGGAGAAAACAGAAUUGAGUGUAAAGGUUUAUAAUUUAGAGCUCAGAUCAGAAGAUCGACUUCAUCUUUGUCCUAGAAAAACUGUUAUGUCGGUUUUUAAGGUAUUUUCGUGGGCAAUACAGAAAUUAAAUCGACACUAUACUUCAAUGACCUUUGAGACUUCCGCUACAGGACGAAAUAGUGCGAUGAUGGACCUUGAUUUAAAGCUCGAAUUUAGAGACGACGUGCCACAUUUACUCCUGAUUUUACCAGAAGGUCAGCUUGUCGAAAUUAUCCCUGCAAUAGCUGUGACAAAGCGCGGCCCAUUUUACAUUACACGUCCAUUUGAAAAUGAUAUUAAUCCAAACUCGGAUAUGCGAUGGCGGAUAAAUUACUCGAUGAAUGAGGAAGCCAUUAUGCGCGCCAUUGCAACAGGAGAUAAGCUACACAGAUUAAAUGCUGCUAAGCUGCUUGCCUACAUUUGUAGGAAGGAAUGGCAAUUAAGAUAUAUUACAUCUUAUCACAUUAAAACGGUUCUUCUGCACGAGUCAGACUUUGAAAUUGAUUCCACUCCGCGUUGGCAAAGAUUUUCCAUGGAUGAUUGUUUAAAAACUUUAAUUCGACGUCUUCAAGAUUACGUUAGACGAAGAGAACUUCCACACUUUUUCGAUGAAGAUAUUAACUUAUUUGAGCAUAUUCCUCUCCGUGCAUUCACAUUUAUGAGGAAUGCUUUAGAUAGAUUACUUCGAGAGGAUGAGGAAUUAGCCAGAGUUGUUCAAAGAACACGACUUCCAAAAAUUGUGUAUUAAUCAUUAUUUGUUAAACUAUUUAUUUAUUUAUUUCAUUGCCAGUUUUAACUCUAUUAAGGUAGAUGCAUUUUGUUUUAUUGUUAUCAUCAUUGCAUUGGUUUUCAAGCAGAGCAGCCGAUAAAAAAUACAUUAUUAUGCCAUUUCAACAAACUUCCAUCUAGGAAAGAACACAUUUAGGAGACACGUUUUGAAAUGUUAUUUGCGAUUGUUUUCUCCACAAAAUUUUCAUCUUUUUCUGAAUAUAUUCACAAUUUUCAUUCAAAAUAUUGUGAUGGCUUAUAGAAUUUGAAUGAGACAACGAGACGAAAGAAAUUGAAAUUUAGAUAUACGGUAUUAUAUACAUGUGUAUAUAUAUAUAUAGGAAGAAAUUAAUUCUUGUAAAAAUUUAAACAAUAUCACGAGAAUACUACUCCAAAUCUUUUUCAUAGAGACAUAGAGAUUUAUAUGCUUUCCGAACGAGAAAAAAAUACCUCAUUGACUUCCAUUUUUUUCUGCUUCGGGAAACUUUUCACAUAUUAAAAGUGUUUUCCGAAUGGAAAGUUUCCCCGUGUGGAAGUGGAUGUCAAGUGGUAGUUUGAACUUAUAAAUGUGCUAUGGGUUAGUUAUUGUGUUGUAGAUGAUUGGUAUUAAGGUGAUUAUUGAGAAUAAAUCAUUUAUUAUUUUUAUUAAAAAUAAAAAAGCUUGUUUUGAAA